CGCUCGGGAUUGGCUCCCGCCGGGGAGGCCUCCCCCGCCUUUUCUUUCUGUAAAUAGUAAUGCUUGGUGGGCGGCCGUCUCCUCUUGCGUAAGCGCAGCCCCGCUCGGGAAGUGCCGCGCAGGACUCCCAUUUCGCCCGCGUUCGAGUCCUUGCGCGUCAGGUUUGAUCAUGCUCUGGGCAUUCAAACACACAGGAAGUAGGUUUGAGAGCCAUCUUUCAAGAUGGCAGCAUUACCAUAAGUCUGUCCUGGCAAUCAGGAGGGAGGAUGUUAAUGCCUGGGAAAGAAGAGCACCUCUGGCCCCACGACACGUCAAACAGUUAACCAACCUGGGAUACAAAGUUCUGGUGCAACCGUCCAACCAAAGGGCCAUUCAUGAAAAAGAUUAUGUUAAAGCUGGUGGUAUUAUACAGGAAGAUAUUUCAGAGGCCUGCCUGAUUGUGGGUGUGAAGAGACCUCCAGAGGAUAAACUAAUCCCCAAUAAAAACUACGCGUUCUUCUCUCAUACUAUUAAAGCCCAAGAGGCAAACAUGUCCUUGUUGGAUGAGAUCCUCAGCAAGGGCAUUCGUUUGAUAGAUUAUGAGAAAAUGGUGGAUCACAGAGGAGUGCGAGUUGUAGCCUUUGGAAAGUGGGCCGGUGUUGCAGGUAUGAUCAAUAUUUUACAUGGAAUGGGAUUGCGGUUUCUUGCUCUGGGACAUCAUACUCCUUUCAUGCACAUUGGUAUGGCCCAUAACUACAGAAACAGCAGCCAGGCUGUACAGGCAGUUCGGGAUGCUGGCUAUGAAAUUUCUCUAGGCCUGAUGCCGAAAUCUAUUGGACCCAUAACAUUUGUGUUUACAGGUACCGGUAAUGUCUCGAAGGGUGCCCAAGAAAUGUUUAAUGCCCUCCCUUGUGAAUUUGUGGAGCCCCAUGAGCUGAAGGAGGUCUCUAGAACUGGAGACCUCAGAAAAGUAUAUGGGACAGUGCUAAGUCGUCACCAUCACCUUGUAAGGAAGAGUGAUGGGGUGUAUGACCCUGUGGAAUAUGACAAGCAUCCGGAACUCUACACAUCUCGUUUUAACACUGAUAUUGCACCCUAUGCUACGUGCUUAAUAAAUGGAAUCUACUGGGAGCAGCAUACACCACGUUUGUUAAGCAGACAGGAUGCACAGAGGCUUCUGGCUCCUCUCAGACCUUCUGCUGCUGCUACAGAGGGCUGCCCUGAACUGCCACACAAGCUUGUUGCAAUAUGUGACAUCUCAGCAGACACUGGAGGAUCUAUAGAAUUUAUGACGGAAUGUACUACAAUCGACAGCCCCUUCUGCAUGUAUGACGCCGAUCAGCAUAUUAUUCAUGACAGUGUGGAGGGAUUUGGGAUUUUGAUGUGUUCCAUUGACAAUCUGCCAGCUCAGCUUCCUAUAGAAUCAACAGAAUGUUUUGGAGACAUGCUUUUCCCUUACAUUGAAGAAAUGCUGUUAUCUGAAGCCGCAGAGCCCCUUGAAAGCCAGAAUUACUCACCUGUAGUUAGAGAUGCAGUGAUUGCAUCCAAUGGUUCAUUGACUGAUAAAUAUAAAUAUAUCCAGAAACUGAGGGAGAGCAGGGAGUACGCUCAGUCACUGACCAUGGAUAAGAAGAAGAAGAUCUUGUUACUUGGAUCAGGCUAUGUCUCUGGGCCUGUGAUUGAAUACCUCACUCGAGACCCCAACGUUGAAAUAACAGCAGCAUCCAUCAUGAAGAAUCAACUUCAGCAGCUAACUAAGAAAUACAGCAGUGUUGUUCCUGUUGUUGUGGAUGUCACUGAAGAUGAAGAGAAAUUAUCAUCAAUGGUGAAGAAACACAAUCUUGUUAUCAGCCUGCUGCCUUAUUCAUUCCAUCCAUUGGUUGCCAAGAAGUGCAUUGACAACAAAGUGAAUUUGGUAACUGCCAGUUACCUGACACCUGCUAUGAAAGAACUACAGGAAAGUGCAGAGGCUGCUGGCAUUACUGUUAUCAGUGAAGUGGGCUUGGAUCCUGGCCUUGAUCAUAUGCUGGCAAUGGAGUGCAUUGAUAAAGCAAAAGAAGUGGGAGCUACGGUGGAAUCCUAUACUUCCUUCUGUGGUGGCCUGCCUGCUCCAGAGCAUUCUGACAACCCCCUCCGCUAUAAAUUCAGCUGGAAUCCACUGGGGGUCCUGCUGAAUACAGUUCAACCUGCCACAUUUUUACAAGAUGGAGAGGUUAUUAAUAUUCCAGCCGGAGGAGCUUUGCUUGAUUCUGUUACUGUCAUGGAUUUUUUCCCAGGAUUAAAUUUGGAAGGUUUUCCAAACAGAGACAGUACAAAAUAUGCUGAACCAUAUGGUAUUCAGUCAGCUCACACUCUCUUAAGAGGAACUUUACGAUACAGGGGUUUUUCUAAAGCCUUAGGAGGCUUUGUGAAACUAGGAUUAAUAAAUCCGGAACCGUGCCCUAUGCUUAGUGCAACGGCACCUUCUGUAAACUGGAAAGAGCUGAUGUGCAAACUCCUUGGACUUAAGCCACCUGCCAAAUCUGAUGACCUCCGAGAUGCCGUCUACAAUAAACUGGAGCAAGAUGAACAGCAGCUGGAGGCAAUCGAAUGGCUCGGAUUAGUUGGAGAUGAACCUGUUCCAGUUGCAGAGUCUAUAGUGGGUGCACUGGCCAAGCACAUGGAGGCCAAGCUGUCUUUUGGUACUGGAGAACGAGAUAUGAUAGUAAUGAGGAAUGAAAUUGGAAUCCGACAUCCAUCUGGUCAUUUGGAAGACAAAUCCAUCAGUCUUGUGGUGUAUGGUGAUGAUAAAGGAUAUUCUGCAAUGGCUAAAACUGUAGGGUACCCUACUGCUAUCGCAGCAAAGAUGGUUCUGGAUGGUGGAAUUAACACCAAAGGCAUGGUCAUCCCAUUGACUAAAAAUAUAUAUGGACCAAUACUUGAAGGUGUUCGAGCUGAAGGCAUUACAUACAGUACCCAGAGUGUUGUCAAGCAGUAACCAAGACGUCAUCUUUCUUGGGGAAAGGGUUUAAUCAUUCAUUCAUUCAUUCAUUCGAUUUUUGUACCACCUUUCCAAAAAUGGCUCAGGGUGGUUUACACAGAGAAAUAAUAAAUAAAUAAGAUGGCUCCCUGUCCCCAAAGGGCUCACAAUCUAAAAAGAAACAUAAGAUAGACACCAGCAACAGUCAUUGGAGUUACUGUGCUGGGGGUGGACAGGGCCAGUUACUCUCCCCCUGCUAAAUAAAGAGAAUCACCACGUUAAAAGGUGCCUCUUUGCCAAGUUAGCAGGGGUCUGCUGUACUUGGUCUGUACUUCUUGUAUGUACAAUUUGAAGCAUGUAAAAUGAUUGCCUACCAUGGGCAUCGUCCCCUGGAAAGCUUUUUGUGCAAUCCCAUUGAAAUGAAUGGGAGCUGUACAAAAUCACGUGUGUGUCCUUAUGCAGCUUUCAUCUGUUCAGUGGGUUUGUGCAAAAGAACUAGCUGGUGGGUUGUGCCCUGUACCUUUUUAAAAGGUGCUUGACACUGAAAGGUGGCAACAUGUAUUAAAUCAUAAUGUGGUGCAGUAUUUACCAUCCACACAAGACUCUUUAAACAGUGCCACAAUAUUUUUAAUUGUAACCUCAGUACUGCAAUAUUGCUGUGCGUAGUAAAUUCAAGGCUUUGUUUUUAAACAGAAAAUUUGCCCCUAAAACAUGACAAGGGCAGAAGAAAAUGGUAGUACAUUGUUUGUGAACCUAACUGGGAAUAUUUUUCCUCCUUCAGUGAGUAAUUUAUUAUAAUACACAACUGAGGCCUUUCUUCCACUAAGUCAGUGAGGCACUGCCAGAACUAACGGUUGCACUAUUGUGCCCUCUGUCUUCUAGGAAUGUAUCUGCGGGCAAUUCCCUCCUGACCUCCAUGAUUCCAUUUUUGCCAUGUGCUUAUGGCUAGGUCCAUGUACAAGGUAAUCUUGGGAACCCAUUCAUUCCACAGUGUGCUCCUUGGCACCACGUACCUGGCCAAGUUUUACAAUUGAGUUUUGUUGCUUGCUUGGCAACAGGGAGCCAAAUGUGCAGAAUCCAUUUAUAGGACUGUCUUCCACACGGAUCCCAUCACAAGGUUUGUAGAGGCCAUAGGUCAGCGCUGGAAGACCUUGGAAAACUGCUGCCAAGUGGAAUAGAUAACAAUGGGCUAGAUGGACCAAUGGUCUCCUUCUGGUAUCAGACAGCAUCAUACGUCCAUUGAUGUUUUAAAUAAUUUCAUGGCAGGUGUGGUUAUAGCAAUUGACUCUAUGUUAUAACCAAAAGGGAAACUUAUUUGAUUUGCACUUUAGUGCCUAGAAAAUCAUGUAAAGUAAAAGGUCAAAGAUAUUUUUGUAUGUCACAAAAGAGUGUGGAAAAACAUUGAUUGUUUUAGAUACUACACAAAAGUUUGAAAGUAGUACCGUGCUCUUUAUCUAUGUGAAAGUCUGCAGUUUCACAUCUGCCAAAUACUGUACUGUUUGAAACCACAUUUCAGUUUGUAAGGGAUUGGAUAAUAUCCAGACAGUAUACACAGCUAUGGAAAAUUUCCCUGUUACAUUGUAGGAAUGCCAGCUGAAAUGCCUGUUAAUCUCUCUUGCUGAUGUAGUCUAACACAGGGAUCCUCAACGUUGGGCUCCCAGAUGUUAGUGGACUUCAACUCCCAUAAUCCCAAGCCCCAGUGGCCUUUGGUUGGGGAUUAUGGGAGUUGAAGUCCAAUAGCGUCUGGGGGCCCAAUGUUGAGAAUCUCUGGUCUAACACAACAUGAUGCUGUGCCUCAAAUGUGUAUCUGCUCCAUUCUUAGGAGAAGCAGCAAUAUUUUAAAUGCAGCUCUUGUCCUGUAUGCAUUAGUCAUGUGAGGGUAAAACUUGUUUAGUAGCUGCCUUUCCAAUUAAUGUUGUUUGGGGAAAGGCCUUGAACUCAGGCCUUUCCCCAAACAACCAUAUGGGCUUUCUGAGCACAUGGGAGCAGCGCAGCUCCAUAGUCCUUCUGGGCAUGUCCCUCUACAUUCAGUGCCUUUUCACCAAGAUCUCUUGGGAUGGAUGGAAAGAUCAUUUUACUUCAGCCAUGGAAAAAAUAAGGAGCCUAUCAAGUUAGGUAUGACUUCAUUGAAAGUCUGGGGUGCGCUUGACAAGGGGAAGGGAGAGAUGGGGAAAGGAGAAGGCUGCGGGUUUGUGGUUCCUAUUUAGAUGACUGGAGAUUGCUAACUCAGUUGGCUAAAAGAAAAACAACAUAAACAGCAUUUUUUUUAAUGUGCCAAAAUGAAUGUGCCCAGUAGUUUUAAUCCAGGGUGCAGUGACUUUCCUCAGUGUGCCUUUUGGCUUUUUAAUAUCUUUGAAUGGGUUAUAUCUAAACUUUUCAGGCUUGACAUAUUUCAGUGAUGAGAUUUCAGAGUGAGCAGUUAGGAAUACUGUUGAGUUUCAUUCUUUGAUUCUCACCAAUGUGAACAGAACCAGGAUUUGAUGUUAACAUUCAUUCCCUUGUCAGAAAUUCAAUAACACCAUUUUCUUUCUCUUUGACUCUGGUAGUCUGGAUUUUUCAUACAUGUACCCUGAAACGGUAAAUUUUCAAAAGAUAUUUUUAACUCUUGACCAGUCUCUCUAAUGACUAGUUGAAAUUGUGGAUACGAUUCUAGUUCUGGUUAUGGACUCUAGUCUCUUACCAAGAUAUUGAACCAUACAGUGAAAUUGGUGAUUGCCAACAGAUGGAGAAGUCACUGCAGAGAAGAAGUAUGGAAGUGAUACAGUAUACUGCUCAUGGUAUGAGAAUGGAGCAUAGCUGGCACCUCAGUCAUGUUACUUAAUUGAAAUAAGCCAGAUUAAUAGGCCACAACUUUGUGAACCACCCUUCAGGUCAUUUGGCGUAUGGGAGCCAUAGAUGUUAGUCUGCCCAGUCAUAGUCAUACUACUAGGAAGGGACAUCUAUAGAGUCAGUGUGGUGUAGUGGUUAGAGUGUUGGACUAGGACCCAGGAGACCUGAGUUCAAAGCUCAUUCAGCCAUGGAACUCACUGGGUGACUCUGGGUCAGUCACUCAUUUCUCAGCCAAGCCUAUUUCACAGGGUUGUUGUGAGGAUAAAUAUAAUCAUGUACACUGCCCUGGGCUAUCUGGAGGAAGAGUGGGAUAAACAUGUAGUAAAUAAAUAGCAGCUUAGCUGCUGCUUUGAUGAAAUCCAGAUACUCCUAAACACGCCCAAACAGCCUAACCCAGGAAAAAUCACACCUUGAGGCUAUUCUCACGUGCAGUGGAAACUGGGCUAAGGGAGCCCAGGCAGCCUGGUUUCUAUUGCAUGCAAGAACUGCUGGGAGCCGUGCAGCUCAUGGUGGCAAACCUUGGGUAGCCUGCCGUGCAAUCCGGGUUUUGGAGCGCCCGAAAAGUGGGUUCCUGGAUUGUGUCACUGCGGUGCGGCUGAAUGGGAGGCUCCCCCAAAGGCUCCUCCCAGCGUCAGGAGGCUCCCCCAAAGGCACCACACACUUCUGUGGUGCUUUAUGGGACUCCCAGGGGCCAGGAGGCCCCUGAACCCCACUGCCCCAACCGGCUCCAUGACGGAGCUGGUAAUUGUCUGGGCAGCUGAUCGUCUGCAGGGAGAGGGGGGGUCAAACCUGUCCUCCUCACAACUCCCCCCCCCUUCCGGCUCUACACACGGAUUGUGUAUAGAGCUUCUUCAGUGUCAAGACUAUUGUGAAGAGCUGGCCAAAGGGGUGAAGCAUAACUGUGCUGGCUUAGCACGCAGUCUGACAGGCCUACUGAGAUGGGUGAAUUGCAGCUGCCGAGGCUCCCUUUAUUUCCCCCACAUAUGCACUGUGGGGCACAAAUGGGCCCCUGCCUGAACACAGGAGUGAUUCUUCUGAUUCAUAGUAAUCGGGCAGCAUUUGGCUUUAAGUGACUGUUACCGUUUAAAGCAGAACAAAAAUGAGCCACACUCUUCAAUCCUUAUCUGUCCUCUCCACCCAGGCAAAAGGACACACUUCUUUUUUGAAUAUUUUAAUAUUUCAGUCUACUAUAAAUUAAAGGGAGAACUGGAAGUCCAUCUCCAGAUCUAGGAUCACUCAAAAUGUAGUGUGUGUGUAUCAGACUGUUUUCUAUUCCAAUAUCCUAUUGAAUCACUUUCUUAAACAGGGCACAGACUGUGCUUUUUGUAUGUAUUUGGUUUAAAGAAAUCCGGUGCCUCUGCUAUGAUAACAUGCUAAAUAAAAACUUUUGGCUUGUA